UGUUAAUUUUUCAAGACAAACAGAACGUUUGUCAAAAUCACAGAAUAUAUUCAGUUUUUUAGUGAAUUCCAGGUUAGCAAUCCCCCCCCCAGGAAAUAAAUUUGCCCUUUAGUGUCCUUGCGCGAUCAAAGGCAAACAUCCCCUUAAGAUGUGACCACAUUCACACACUCCACUGGUCACAGAGGGAGGAUUAGUCGUCCUCAGCUACAUGACUAUACAGGAUGAUGGAUGGGGACACAGAGCUUUCCUGAGGAAGGUAUGAGACAAUUCUAAUUCACAAUAUGGCUUAUUUAAAGAUGGUUGUACUAAUUACCUAUUGUGUAUAUGUUCCCAGAUAUGGCAUUGUGUACCACGCUGUACAAUUUAACAUACUGUCCCAUCCUAACUGGUUAUCUUUUCUUUCAGGAAAGGAUUGGUCAGAGCUUCUCCUGUCCGAAGCCUGUGUAACAACUCUUCAGCCGGCAAUCCCUCUCCCUGGGGAUCACAAGGACGCCUCCUAAGCUCAGCCCAUUCUUCAGCCAGCCACACAGAGAGUAGGGACUGAGGCCGGGCGCUGUCGAAAUGGGGCAAAACAAAGGGAUGUACAUUAAAGAAGCCAAGCGAGGAGAGUGCUUCUGAACGCCAUGCUUGUUCUUCAAAAAGAGAGGAGCUGUGGGAAACUCUAAGUGUAAAACCCAAAGCUCUGAGCGCAGACUUACACAAUAUGACCUGCUGCUUUUCCACACAUGGUGACAGAGGCUGAAGUUGGCCACACAUUUCUCUGUGUGUGUGCAAGUGUUUCACACUGUGUUGAGGAGUAUUUAACUUCAGCGGGGAGGGUCUGGUCUCCUCUCCAGUCCAGAGGGAGGUUCUAGUGCUUUGUGUUUCCGGAUGCAGAACAUCCUCGAUCAAAACUUAGACAUGGCCACGGCUCUACUCGCCGGUGAGAAGCUGAAGGAGCUGAUCCUGCCGGGUUCCUCUCAGGAUGAGAGGGGCGGGCUGCUGGCCGGCCUCAUGGUGCAGCUCAAACUGGAGUUGCCCUUUGAUCGGGUUGUCACUAUAGGGACGGUCAUCAUCCCCAUCCUGCUGGUCACCCUCGUCUUCACGAGGAACUUUGCAGAGGAGUCCAUAUACUGUUACACACCACACAACUUCACCAGAGACCAGGCUCUAUAUGCAAGAGGCUACUGCUGGACGGAGCUGCGGGAUGCUGUGCCUGGUGUGGAGUCUCAUCUUUGGCCUUCACUCUUUGAACACAAGUUCCUGCCCUAUGCCCUGCUGGCCUUCGCUGGAAUCAUGUACAUUCCUGCUUUGGCCUGGGAGUUCCUUGCCUCUACGCGGCUCACUUCAGAGCUCAAUUUCCUGCUUCAAGAGAUUGAUAACUGCUAUCAUCGAGCCGCUGAGGGCCGAGCCCCAAAGAUCGAGAAGCAGAUCCAGUCCAAAGGACCUGGCAUAACUGAGCGAGAGAGGAGGGAGAUCAUCGAGAACGCAGAGAAGGAGAAAAGCCCCGAGCAGAACCUGUUCGAGAAAUAUUUGGAGAGACGGGGCGAAAGUAACUUUCUGGCUAAGCUAUACCUGGGACGCCACCUGGCUAUUAUCUGCCUCAGUUCCAUCCCCAUUUCCUACCUGAGCGCCUACUAUGCCCGCCAAAGGCAGAAUGAGUUCACCUGUGCGCUGGGUGAGCCGCCAGACGUUAGCAGCUACUACGAGCUGAAGCUCAGGGUCAACUGUAAGCUGCCUGCUGUGCAGCUGCAGCGCAUCAUGGCUGCAGUAGAUAUCUCUCUGCUCUGCACCAUGAAUCUCAUCAUCCUGGUUAAUUUGCUGCACCUGUUUGUGGUGCGCAAGUCCAACUUUGUAUUUGACAAACUGCAUAAAGUGGGUAUUAAAACACGGCGCCGCUGGCAGAAGUCUCAGUUCUGCGACAUCAACAUCCUGGCCAUGUUCUGCAAUGAGAACAGGGACCACAUCAAGUCGCUCAACCGGCUGGACUUCAUCACCAAUGAGAGUGACCUCAUGUAUGACAAUGUAGUCAGGCAGCUGUUGGCUGCGCUCGCACAGUCCAAUCAUGACGCUACACCCACUGUGAGGGACUCUGGGAUACAAACACUCGAUCCUAACAUGGACCCCUCUGAAUUUGGAGUGGGAGAGAUGGCCGGGGAGCCGCUGGUCAUCAAACGGCCCCGCAAAAAGAUGAAAUGGAUCUCGGGCUCAAAUCCUCUUCCUCAGUCGUUCAAGGAACCUCUUACCCUGACACGUCUAGAAAAUAACACCAAGCCUGAAAAACCCAAACCAGUCAGAAGAAAGACAGUGGCAGACAGCUUCAUUGCACCACUUCUGGAUACCAAGAGCACACAAUAUCCUGCAAUAAAAGAUUUGAGUGGGAUGGAGAAAAAGCACACUCGCAACUUCUCUCUGGACGUCCACCCGUACAUGCUGACCUUUCGUAAGCCCAAGGUGGAGGCCACAACCGCGGAGCCUCUUCCCUCAGAGCACAACAUGGAUACAGUAUACCUUAAAGGCACACACACUAUUGUUCACGUGUCUGGUGCCAUUACAGAAACGAAGGUUUGCUCUCCAGAAUCGACCAACACUGCCUUUGCUACGAUGACACUACCCACCACAACUUACGUAAAUGGCGUGAGCCCGAACCCUCCCUCCAGCGAGGACCCCCUCAGUCCCAAGUCCUCUCCUCCUCUUCCUCCUCUUCCUCCUCUUCCUCCUCCAUCUCCUCCAAGGGAGCCUCCCACCCAAAUGGAAAACCCUGAGUGCGACCCACCACCCCUUACUAGAGCCCCUACACACCAGCUGCUGAGUAUACAUCAUACUCUCUUUGAGGAAGAAGAGGAUGAAGAGCACCGUAGGGACAGACUGGCAGAGAGACCCGGGGAGCUCAUCGCUGCUGGGGAAUGUUGAAGGAG